AUGAGAUUUUUCUUGGCGAUGUCCGUGCUCAUAGGUUGUUUUGGAACUGCAUCGGCUGCAGUAGUUUUAAGUGAGAAGGUUUUGACACUCACCAGGACUGUUGAUCCAACUCCUAAACUACGAAGCAACCCCACCGUCUUUACGCUCCCAGCCCUGCCCUACCGCCCAUCCGCCAUCUCUUCGGUCCCGAUGUCGACCUCUGCUCACUUCAAACUGAGCGACUUUCCUCACAAAGUCCUGGAUCCGAUUGCCACCCUCACCGUCCCACCGACUUACGCGACCAUCAAACAUGCCCAACGUCAGCUCAUGACCAACGCAGCCGCCAUCCCCACGCUCAACGGUGGCGGCGCCCACGGCCACAUGGCCUUAACCCUCACCGCUCUCGCGUACGCCGACAUCAGCGACGUCCCGUUCGUCAUUCCCGUCGCUCCCCCUGCCAAUCCGCCCCCCGGCGCCACGCAACCCCAAAUCACCGAGAAUAACCGCGUUCACCAACGCGACGCUGACAUUUACAACCUUUAUGUCGCUGUUAACAACGCUCUCCGCCAACAGCUUCUCGAUGCGAUUCCCCGCAUCUACGUACGCGCCCUCGCGCAUCCCAUGUUCGAGUUCAGCAACGUCACGUGCCUUGACUUGCUUUCGCACCUCUGGACCAAAUACGGUACAAUCAAGCCCGCUGAGCUCCAGAAAAAUUUCCAGUCAAUGUUCACCCCGUGGAAUACAACAGAACCGAUUGAAUCCGUUUUUCUCCAGCUCGACGAGGCCAUCGCCUUCUCCGUCGACGGUAACGACCCCAUCUCCGAAGCUGCCGCCGUACGAGCCGGCUAUGAAGUCAUCGCGCACUCUGGCCUGCUCCUCCUCGACUGCAAAGAAUGGCGCAAAUUACCCCUUGCUUCUCACACCCUUGCCAACUUUCAGCAGCACUUUUCCCUUGCCGACGACGACCGGCGCCUUACGGCCACCACUGGUUCCCUCGGCUAUGCCAACGUUCUCGCUGCAACCCCCUCUCUGACUCCAGCCACGGUUUCCGACACCCUCAGCCUUCCCUUCUCCGCGCUCUCUGUGUCACAGACUUCCGUCUCCUCUCCGGAUAUGACCUAUUGCUGGACCCAUGGGACCAGCAAGAACCGACGCCAUACGAGCGCCACUCUUAAUUCAUCUGUAGCCCCCUCCCCGCCUAGUUCCCAUACCUCGGCCAUUGCCGACACCGGUUGCACCGGCCAUUACAUCACCGUCAACUGCCCCCACACCCACAAACUUCCUGCACGCCCCAGCCUUGCCGUCCGUGUCCCUAACGGCGCCGUCCUCCGCUCAAGCCACAUUGCCACCCUGGCCCUCCCUGGCUUCUCCCCUUCUGCUUGCCAGGCCCACAUCUUCCCCGGGCUUACCUCGCACCCACUCAUUUCGAUUGGACAACUUUGUGACGACGGCUGCACUGCCACUUUCUCAGCCACUCGCCUCGAGAUCCACCGCGACACUACACUACUCCUCUCCGGCACUCGUGCACCCACUACCGGCCUCUGGCACCUUGAUCUUACCCCUGCCAAGCCUCCUGCCACAGCCCACGCUCUAGUUCCCAACACUCCCCUCGCUGACCGCAUCGCUUUUGUUCAUGCCUCGCUCUUCUCCCCGGCGAUCUCCACAUGGUGCCAGGCCCUCGACUCCGGCCAUCUUGCAACCUUUCCUGAACUUUCCUCCCGCCAGGUCCGCAAGUAUCCACCUCGUUCCCCCGCCAUGGUCAAGGGCCACCUCGACCAACAACGCGCAAACCUUCGAUCCACCAAGCUUCCCCCUGUCGGUUCCCCCAUCACGACGGCACCCCCUGCCGCCGCUGUGCCCGACCUUGACCCUCCCGACGCCCACCCCGUCACACGCACGCACCAUGUCUUUGCUGCUCACCAGCGCGUCACCGGCCAAAUAUACACGGACCAACCUGGCCGUUUCCUCACUCCUUCAAGUUCAGGCCACAACGACAUGCUUGUUCUUUAUGAUUACGACAGCAACGCUAUCCACGUCGAACUCAUGAAGAACAAGUCCGGCCCCGAGAUUCUGGCCGCUUAUAAACGCGCUCAUGCUCUUUUCACCCAGCGAGGCCUCCGUCCCCAACUCCAGCGGCUUGACAACGAAGCCUCUGCCGCCCUCCAGUCCUUCAUGACCUCAGAGCACGUUGACUUUCAGCUGGCACCCCCCCAUCUACACCGUCGUAAUGCAGCCGAACGGGCCAUCCGCACCUUCAAGAACCACUUUAUCGCUGGCCUAUGCACCACUAACCCGGAUUUUCCAUUGCACCUUUGGGACCGCCUCCUCCCACAGGCCCUUAUCACCCUCAAUCUUCUUCGUCGCUCCCGCAUCAAUCCUAAGCUGUCCGCCCACGCCCAGCUUCAUGGUGCUUUCGACUACAACCGCACCCCGCUUGCUCCACCUGGCACUCGCGUCUUAGUUCAUGUCAAGCCGUCCGUCCGCGAAACUUGGGCCCCCCAUGCUGUUGAAGGUUGGUACCUUGGCCCCGCCCUGCACCAUUACCGUUGCCACCGCGUCUGGGUCACAGAAACACGUGCCGAACGCGUUGCUGACACCCUUUCCUGGUUCCCGACCCGCAUUCCCAUGCCCGCAGCUUCGUCCACCGACCGCGCCCUGGCCGCCGCCCGCGACCUAGUCCAUGCCCUCCAGAAUCCUUCCCCUUCGUCUCCGUUCGCCCCCCUCGAUGCCACCCAGCACCAGGCACUCACAGAUCUUGCCACCCUCUUUGCCACCGUGGCCACCCCGACCGACGAUGUCCCUGCACCCGCUCCCGUGCCUCCGGUCCGUCCCCCUGCCCCCGCAACUCCCCUUGCUCAGGUCCGUUUUGCCGUUCCUCUUGUCACGGCCGAACAUGCCCCGGCACUUCCGAGGGUGCCCAUUCCGGCCCCAGCACUUCCGAGGGUGCCCACCAUGGCCACCUAUCACUCUCGCACCGGUAACCCAGGCCGUCGCCGCCGCAAAGCACGCAAACAACCGGCAACCCCAACCCUAGUACCGGCGCAUCCACACAACACCCGCACCCGGCCCUUUCUUGUCCCGGCCUCCGCCAACGCUGUUUCACCCACCAAUGACAAAGCAACUUCUCAUUUGCAGCGAGGGUGUGUUGAUCCAACUCCUAAACCCAACGGCACGGGGUUCGACAUUCUGGAAGUGUUCAUCGAUGAGCCUGACCAAGCUCUGAUUGCGUCCAAAGACGGAUACUGCUUUGCAGCUUUUCGAGGAACAACCUUGACGAAGGAGGAUUGGAAGCAGAAUCUCAUUUUAGGCAAUGAAGACAUUUGUACCACAACUGGCUCUCAGGAGCGAUGUUGCUCAACCCGUCGUGGAUUUUUUCAAGCCUACGACACCACCUACAAAGAUAUGCUCAUAAAGUCCCUCCGCUCGUGCGCUUCCGCAUGCAAGAACAAGGAUGAAUGCGUCGUUUUGACCGGUCAUUCUCAGGGUGGAGCUGUGGCAGCUGUUGCUGGUGUUGCAUUGGCAGAUCUCAAUCCCUAUGUUAUCACAUUUGGACAGCCGCCUACAAUUGAUGCUCCGUGUGCAGCUAUCACAAGUGAGCGCUGGUAUCGCUACGUCAAUAGCAAAGAUUCCGAAUUGUUGAGCUUUGGAAUAGUGUACGACCCUAUUCCUUUCGCGCCCGGUCUAGGCGCUGAUUCUUUUGGGCAUAUGAUUAUGAUUAGUGGGGACAACUCGGGCGUUGCCUACAUUGGAUUGGACGCUCAAGACUUUUUUGGACCUCUGAACGUGAAGGGUUUCGAAGCUCACAGUAUGAUUGGUGCAGAAGGAUCUAAAUAUCCGGGCUACUUGGACCGCAUCGUUGCUAUUAUGGAGUACUAUGCAGAGAAGGGAACAUAUCCUGUUCGUACAACAGGAUACUUGCCGAACUCACUGUGUACCGAAGCCAAAGAAUGUGAGACAGGUGAAUGUGUAAAGGAGACCGGUCUGUCGUGGGCUCGUUGUGUGGGAACCCAGUGCGACGAGGAUAUGGACUGCCCCGAGACUGGACGGUGCGACUCAGGCAUUUGCGUUCCCAAACUCGGCUCUUGCCAGCCUUGUGACGAAGAUUCGGAUUGUGAGUCUGACCACUGCACUUGGCACUUUGUAUGCACGAAUAUGGAAGGUCUCAUAGAUAACGAGUGCGGGUGCAGCGUGAACUCGGAUUGUAAAUCGGGACGAUGCGAAGGCUGGGCUCCUCCAAUUUGUGAAGCUCGUUUAGGUGACGGUGCAACCUGCAACGAAGACUCGGAUUGCCUCUCGAAUGACUGCUCUUGGAGCUUUAGAUGCCGCGGAGGUGACAAAAAUUUAGCAAUAGCCACAACCAUCUCGGCAAAACAGAUUGUGAUGAACGCACGCAGUAUUGACAUUGCCGCCAAAGCCCAUCCUACACGUGUAUCCGAGCCCACAUCGAAUUCGAAAGUUAAAAUCGGAGGUGUGUUCGGUAUCGUUGCGUUGGCUGUCAUAGGCUUUGCAGCAAUCAAAUGGUAUCGUCAUCGUCGUCAUGGAUACGAAGAAAUUCCUGCCCAGAUAAACGUCUGAGCAACACGGUAAAGCAGCUCUGUUAAGUGUGUUUGUUCGAU